AUUGAUUGAUUGAUUGAUUGAUUGAUUGAUUGAUUGAUUGAUUGAUGAGAAAAGGAAUUGACAACGCUACUCCAGGAGACCUCAAUUCGUUCAUUCAUUCAUUUAUCCAUUCACCCAUUCACUCCGAAACCCUCGAUCAAGUCGUCAAUUGUCAAUCAACCAAGAUCGACCCAGUACCUUCCAUUCACUUGAUUCAAAUAUGUCAGCACUUCGAUUGUGAGGUUCCUCGAAGCUUUCCAUGUUCCCACCCACAUCUCCGAUUCGUCUCUAGGUAUACUCACUCGAGCACCAGCAACAGCACUGACACCACUACUACUACUACUACCACUACCACCUCUACCUACCACUAAUACAAUACACCAUCUGUAUAUGCGAUAACACCAUGAUUGAGAUUCCUCACGACGUCAACAAUUUCAAUUCCACCACUAUCGUAUCGAUACCGAUCUGUUCUACUACCCAUACUUUAAUUGACGCAGAACUUAAUACCUUGGCGCAAAUCUAUUACUGAAGUUUAUCAAGGUUCUCGAAAAAAGGUACCGCCGCCAUACUUGGAGUGGUUGGCAACAGAUCAAGGACAAGGGCAAGACCCAUCCCUCGACACCAUGAUAUGGUACCUCCUCUAUCCAUUCAGAGGAACCACGGAACCUCCCGACCUCGACACCAAACAUCCCAUUCGAGAUCACUUCACUAAAUUCGGAUACAACGUCGCAAAGCACUCCGUCGCUGCCAUAACUAUCUCUGCUAUAAUCGCAACACUACUUAUAUAUCCCUUUCCAUUUCUCUUUACAAAUGGCUUCACCAAUGGCGCGUCAAAUCUACCACAUCAUGUAUGGUCUUCCGCGCAACCUUUGAAGGCAUUGGAUGAUUCGAGGAAACCGGAUGUGGUAAUGCGAUCGAUAUGGGUACAUGGAAGCUAUAUGAAAGCUUUACAACCAGAUGUUCUCCAAGCAGCAUUAGAGAUACAGGAUCAUAUUUUAGGCCCCACUAUCAACUUUGACCCUCGCAAAGAGGCUAAGCAUGCCCAGGUUGACUAUACACAAAAUGAAUUAUCAGUGGAUGCACGGGAUGCCUUUCAUGCAGUAAACGGUCUAACAAACUCAUCUUGGUUCUUUCAUUCUCCAUUACAAUACUGGUCAUGCUCGAAGGAAGCGAUCUCAGCUGAUGACGACAUCGUGAUGACGGUCAACAAAAACUUGCACCAGUCAACCUCUGUCAAUGUUACCUUGAGGCACUCUAUUGUCUUCAGUGGUAAGCGUUUUGAGGACCACCAUCUUGUGGCUGCAGAUGCCUUGGUCAUAACCUUGGUUCACAUGCUUGACUCGCCUGUCGGGAGAUAUUGGGAGAGAAGAGCAGCUCAACUGGCAGCCAAAGGAUCUGAUGACUGGCGCAUGAUUCCUUCCGAUGGUCACUCGUUAAGAAGCACUCCCUAUGAAUUCUUAUUUCAACCUACUGCUACUUGGGAAUCGAUUGCAUUGGCGGCCGCAUACACUUUUGGCGCAUGGUGGUUCGUCGCAACUUUAUGGGGCCUACGGGCUCUCAAGUCAAGGCUUGGUCUUCUCAUUGCAGCAACUACUCAGUUGGCCUUUACGUUCACUUCGACGUUCACCAUCUGCGCUAUUAUCAAAACGGAUUUGUCUAUGAUACCCAGAGAAUACUAUCCUUUGAUUGUUGUCUUUUGCGGCACGGAAAACAUGCUUCAACUCGUGAGAGCUUUUAUUGUCACGCCUUCAUCACAUCAUCCGACUCUUAGAUCCGCAGAAGCCUUUGGAAAGAACGGACAUGUAUUCCUUACGAACACUGGCCAGAGGCUUCUCUUCUUGUGGGUUGUAUCCAAGUUUGGAGGCGAAGGGCAAGCUACUUUCUGUCGCUUCGCUACUUUUGCACUAAUCUUUGAUUUCUUCUACCUACUAAUGUUCUUCGCUCCCGUUCUAAGCAUCGAUGUACGAAGACCUCAAUUGAACGACACACUCUCGGCUUCUUCUCGGGAACGAAGCUAUCCAUCACCAGAAAGAUCUUCUUCUAAACCAUGGGCUGAUUUCGUUUUUCGUGGAGGAAACAUGCCUUCGACUCGUAUUGUCGGUACCGUGGUGAUUAUUAUCGCAGUACUAAUUUGCCAAUGGCAUUUCGAUCAAGGUAUUUUGCAAAGUAAUCAACUCGUAUUGAAAACAACUGCGCCGGCUUCUUCAAUUCUAGAGGUCGAUGUUCAUCAAGCUAGAACUCCAACUGCCUGGCUCCGAUUGCAAGACCACGAGACUGUUCAUGAGCUUAUUAGCAUUGUCAAACCACAUGCUCACAGUUUCGUUGCUCAAGUUUACGAUCCUUUAGUUUUCGUCCUAAACGGUUCAGAUCGGACACCAAACAGACUGGGUGUGAGAUCGUUCCUCCCUGCUUUUUAUGACUUUAUCGAGAACCAGUCCCUACCGUUCCUUUUGUUUGUUAUCAUCACUGGUGUGAUUGUGAAUCAAUUCAUCAAAUAUCUCUUGUCUGAUGAACCUUCUGACGAUGAAGACCAUAAGGGUCAUGGCGACGAACCCCUGUUGUCGGUUAAAACAUUCGGCUCUGGACAUGCUUUGGAUGUUGUCCUAAUGACAGCUUCUCGUGAUGGAAUUAUCGUUUCAGUUGGUCUGGACAGAUGGAUCCGUGUUUGGAAUGCACAGCAUAAUGGCCGAAGCUAUGUAGUCGAAGACCCUGGAUCCGAUAUCGAUCCGUUUCCUGUUUUGGCUAUGGCGAUCGAUAACGACUCGAAUUGGCUCGCAAUACUGUCGAAGAAAAUGGUCGCCUUAUGGAACAUUCCUGAACGACGAUGGGGUCCGACAAUGCCCGUGGACGUUAAAGGGCGAACACCCGAAGCAUUUUUCUUUAGCCACAAUGAAGUUGAGUUGAUUGAUCCAGUGAUUAUCGUCCGCCAUAACGGUCUCAUGUCAGAACUUCAUAUGGAGGAUCAUGUUUCAAAGGAACUACAAAUAUGCCGCACGCCAUUGGUUUGUGUUGAGCCACAUUUGGAAAAAGUUGUUACGAAUGGCUUCCUGCCACCUCCAAAGAUCAUAACCGCCUCAAAACGUGGUUGUGUACAUGUUGCAGUUGAAGAGAAAUCUGGCUGGGUUUCAUAUGAUCUUAGACUCCCUUGGGUAUCCGAUGACAAAGAUGUCAACUCAAUUCUUCCAUUGCCGGCAUUAUCAUCCUUUCUCGCUAUACGCGACCACAGCGUUGAUCUUGUUGAUAUACACACUCAUAAUGUCACUCAUUCAUUUGUUACAGAGAACAUCAAACCAGGAACACUGCAAUGUGUUCAUUCGACAAGACGAAGGCCACAAUGUGGUUCUGUUGGUUUGGGAUCGUUUGCAUUUAUGUAUACUUGCAUUGAGACUGGUAAUAUGAUGAUGCAAUCAUAUCUGCCAAGCAGAGAGGGCGAUACUAUAUGUUUCCGUGAUCCUGAUAAACCAGGCUCUAAAACAUGUUGUUUAUGGCGGGAAACCGUAGAGCGAAGAUUUAGUAUAGAAAAUCCUGGUGAUUGGCAAGCACUCCAAUCGGGGUAUGUGGUAGGUGUACGGAAGAUACAAGAUCAAGAUAAACAAGCAGUAGGAAAUCAACUUUUGGGGUCGAUUGGAAGCGGCGGACUUCGACGACGGGGUGCUUCGGGAAGGAGGUCUAAUCUAGAUCACCCAGGAGGCAAAAAUGACGGCUGGGAGGUUUGGAGCUUAGGGUCGAGAGGAGAUGAAACCUCAGUGCCCUUAAAUUCAGUUUACGAUCAGGUAUUACUUGUUGGUAAACUUGGCCCAGUCACGAAAGUGGGCACGAACAGUAUCGUAGUUGCAUUGGGAAAUAUGGUCAAACUUAUUACUGUCGGUCAUGAACGUUAUGAUCGCCUUGGCAAUGAUUCUAAUGAAACAUUCGUUGGCAUGGCACCUGUUGCGAAUAGGAGGAAGAGACCUGUUCUUACACGAAAGAGAACAGAUUGAUAUGCAGAAUUUUUUAUAACCUUUUUAAGAUAUUAUUUGUGCUUAUUCGCAAAUUGCUUCUGGGGGGAGGAUGAUACCCAAUACAUGGACAAAAGGCGUUUCCGAAAUGAAUUGAUACAGGCGUUACCAUGGGCAAGGAAGUGGCGUUCGUGGAUAUUGUUUUUAUUUUUGGGUCUCAUUUUGCGUAUACAAGGCUGUGGGCGCAUAUAGUGGCAUCUAUAUCACCCUUUAAAGGGACAUGGUUAUAGUACUUGAGUAUAUGCUUAUCUUUUGGGCAUACUGAGUUCAAAAGCAUUGGGGCUUUCUAUCAAGGUCAAAAUCAUAAUCCAGCAGGGUUGCUUGGAAAGGAUGAGGAUGGAGAUGCAUUAGGAAUAGGUCGUAAAGGGUAGUCCACUGGCCAACUGCCAUCUGCCGUAAAGUAACAUUAUCACAAAAUUUUGAUCCGACUUGCCAAUACAAAAGUGACAGUAAUUGUAAAGUUCUUCAAAAUCUAUAAUUCCUGACGU